AUGCGCUUGUCAAUUGUUUUACUUAAACAAGUUUCACAAUUUCGAUUUAGUAAUUAUGUGCCUACACGACGCAUACCAGGAAAUGUAUUGCUUGGAAAACAUCGUGUUCGACGUACGUUAAGCGAAAGUGAAAAACUUGAUAUGCAACGAAAAAUUGAAAUUGAAUUAGAAAAUAUGGCUCAUCUUAGUCGACCAUAUCUUACUGAAGAAGAAGAUAAUCUAUAUGAAAAUGAUCCAAUACGCAAAGAACGUGAAGAAAAAGCUUUAGCAUUAAAACGACGGCAGGAAGAAAUACCUGAACAUAUUUAUUUAAAACGUGAUUUGCUAGAUCGUGUAUCUUGGUAUAAAAAAUGGGAAUAA